UUCAGUCCUCACAGGCUCACAUUCCGCCUGACGUUUGGGGAGACUGCGCACGCACUAUGCGGGCGAUCCGCAAUCGCGACUCUACAUUAUGUAAACAUUGUAUACACAUCUUGUUUUGCUGACGAAAAAUCGUACAACAUCAAUCCGAGUGUUAACACGUCCUUUGUCCGCAUAAAGCUUUGUUAUUAAUAAUAAUCGUGCGUCGAGUGUUUUGAUACCGGUAUCCGUUUCAGAGCGUUGCAUCGAUUUUACCCAGUUGCGAACAGUUUUAUGUGUUCCACGGUGUACGAAACAAGUUUUUCGAGCGUUUGGAGCAACAAAUAGUGCAGUGUUACGGUGAUUUGAUGUGAUCGUGAAAGACAUGGAUUCGUUUCUCUGUCUCUGGCUGAACAGCAAGUUCCGUUGACUGUGAUUUUUUUAUCUCAAUUAAUGUUUACACGCGCGGAAAUUGGGCGAUAUUUAUAAUUUAAUAUUGAAAUGACGUCGGAAUUCCCGUUAAAAUUAUCAAAUGUAUGAGACGCAUGAUCCCAUGGAGUUAUAAAUAGAAAGCUGUGUGGAGAAUCAUUCCGAUACGAGCACGAUAUUUAGGGGUUUGGAAGAUGUUUUUGUUGCACGCAUUGUUUGCCUCUACGUACUGAUUUUCGAAGCCCCACACGCGAUUUCAACACGACAGUCUGGGAAUCACCGCAUGCGUAAAUCCUAUAUUUAAUCAAGAUGAUGUGGCCUUCGUCGCAGGCGAGCAAGAUUCUCACCUUUCUACUAUUCGGUGUGGUGGUCUACUGCGUCUAUAUGGACACGUUCCUGUUCCUGCGGAUACAGAAUUAUAAAAUUGACACGUUCGAGCGCGAGGAGAACUCCACCCAGGAGUCCACCACACACAAAUCGACGAAACAGCAGAACUACGAAGACGUAGUCUGGAUACCGUGCACUAUAAAUCCUCUGUGCCAUCCGACGGUAAAAGCUUUAAUGGUCGAUCAUAUUAAUCAUUACAUUUAUGGGCCGCUGUGCGCGAUACUGGAUAUCGGAUUAGGAAUAUCCGAGAGAAUGUUAUUUAUAACUCCCAAUAUGAUUUCUUUCUUUCAUGUCCUGAUAGCUUGUGUUGGCGCAAAACUGCUAACUUUUCAGAGCCUCGCCGCGCGCCGGGUGGCUGUAGUCCUAUUUCAAAUACGAAUGUUUUUAGACGAUUUGGACGGACACGUCGCGAGAGAAAGAAAGCACAUCAAAGGCGAGAGAUCGGACGUCGGGAGCUUAGGUUAUUGGGUCGACGGAAUAUGCGACCUACUAGGCGUCAUCGCUAUGAUGAUAGGCAUACUGUUCUACUUGAAAAACAACCCACCCAGAAGAGGUUACAAAGGCACUCCAGUGAGCACUCUACCUUAUCACCAAUUGAAGGAAAUCAAUUCUAGUGAGGACAUUGAAAAGGAGCACACAGACGUAGGUAUCUCGUAUAAAACUAAAGUGACAUUUCAAAGAAUCGUCCAGGUUAUUGGCUUGUUUUCCGGCCAAAUGGUGCUAUCUUCGUUAGCUUGGAAUAGAUAUAUAGAUAUGUAUCAAGAUAUGCUAGAGAACUGUACUGAGUAUGAUGUAGGGAGAAGGGACGGUACCUUCAGGUCUGGGACGUUUUUUUUCGCCACCGGCAUGUGGAGGGUCGUCAACCCUCAUAGUUAUUUGCACUUGUUGUCGUUAGCGGUGUUCUGUGAUAAGACCUGGGGGUUCCUGAAGGCGGUUCAUUAUAGCGGUUACGUGUGUCUAGUUGUGACGGUGGCUGCUUCUGAGGUUUUAGUGGAGAGCAUUCGCUCGUACGUCGUCAACGGCUGAACUGUUCACGUAGCUAGGGAGAUGAUGGCAUUCCGUUAGGUGAUUAUAUUACGAUGGCUAUGGAGUAUUUUGUAUUGUACUGAUGUACGAACGAGAUGGAAAGGUGUUUAUUUAUGUAUGUUUGUAUUUAAGUGUGUUCCAUAGCGCCUACGCUAGUAAGCAUACGUCGAUUGACAGAAUAAAUGAGUUAUUAUAUUUGUUAUUGUUGUCUGGGUGACAAUAAUUUGAUUAUAUAUUAAAUCUAAGUAGAUUUAACUACGAUUAAGUGUAAUCCGAUUGAACUUAAUCAUAUUAUAAAGAAUACUUAUACUGGCAAAGUCUCUGAAGACACACCGAUAUUUAUGUCCAUAAUUAUAAUAAUUUUAAUUUUGCCUAAAAAUAAUUUCAUGUAUUAAUUUAUUCACCAACUGCCAUCAACUUCCUAGCUGCAUUAUAGAUUUUAUUUUUUAUAUAAUGUAUUAAAGCUCUCGCCAUUUUUGAAUCUGAAAGACGAUUAUCGAUUCAAAUUUAUUUACCGUUUGUGUUACGAAUUAUUUCCAUGUUAAAAGUAUGUAUUCUGAUAUUGAAGUUAUUGUGUACCUAACCUCUUUACGCUAUGUAUCCGUAUCGAAUCCAAGAUAAUUCAGAUUUUGAAAAUUCGAACCCGAAAAUAAGGUGCUUCAUCGAAUUCAUGCGUCUAAAGCGUUAAGGGUGCUAGAGUUUGACUAAUGAAAGAAGAGACUUAAAUCGCCGACCAAAUUUUAAAAAAUCAUUUAAACAAAUUAAAAAAACAUGCGUUUUCCUAAUUUUUUUAAAUUAUUUUUUUGUUUGUGAAUACAUUGCUACCUAUACAGGGUGAUUCGGUCUUUAGUGCGGAUAUUUUUUUUCGUGGUUCUGUAUCAUUAAUAGAAUAUAAAUCUACAAACAGUUCGAUACAUUUAAUGUAAUUUUUUUUUUAAUUUAUGUCUCUAAAAUAACAAAAUAAUGUACAUAUUAUUACUAAACAAGAUAUAUUCAGCUUAAAAGUGAUCUGGUGACGUCCUUUAGGUAUCAAACGAAAAUAAAAUAAACACACAAUAGGGUGACCCUAAAAUUCUGUUCAAGAGUAAAUAACUUUAGCUAACGAUAAUUUUGUUAUUUUUGAGUUAAAAAAAAAAGAAAAAAUACGUGAUCAUUAAAUUUUGUUUAUGUACAAAAUAUAAAAAUACCCGCACUAAAAAAAUUUUCUUCCUGUAUACUAUGAAGUAAUAAACUCAGUUAUUUCAAUAUUUGCACUAUAAUUUUGAGAAUUCACUCCGAUUUUUUAGAAUGUUGGCGGACGAUAUCAGUCUCUACUUUUAUUAGCCAAACUCUAAAACGGAUGAUAUUUUCAUUGUAUAUCUAGUUUACGAAGUUUACUAAACCAUAUAUGAAGGUUUUUAUAGCAAAUAUUCUUCGUCGAUUCUAUUCCACUCUCUAAUGUUUCUUAGCCAGGACAUCUAUACAAAGCCACCACGUUUUAAACUCAAUAAAUGGCUACCGUAUAUAACAAAGCCACCACGUACCAAACUAUAAAUGGCUACCUAUAUUACAAAGCCACCACGUACCAAACAAUAAGUGGCUACCGUAUAAAACAAAGCCAUCACGUACCAAACUCUAUAAAUGGCUACCGUAUAUUACAAAGCCACCAAGUACCAAACAAUAAAUGGCUACCGUAUAUAACAAAGCCACCACGUACCAAACUCUAUAAAUGGCUACCGUAUAUUACAAAGCCACCAAGUACCAAACAAUAAAUGGCUACCAUAUAUUACAAAGCCACCACAUACCAAACUAUAAAUGGCUACCGUAUAUUACAUAGCCACUACGUACCAAACUGUAUAAAUGGCUACCGUAUAUUACAAAGCCACCACCUUCUAUAUUGUAAAUAGCUACAUUAUAAAAUAAUAGAUUAAUUAUGCUACGAAAUAUUUUUUGUAUCACUUAGUUCCAUUUUAAAAUCUACUAACAUCGAAUAUUCCGUGAAUUUCAUCCUCACGAAAAGAUAUCGAGAUAACAUAGUAACUACAAAUAGGUAUUCGAGAUCGAAUUUAACCUAGCUGAGCUUAUUUACAAAAUAUAUAGGUGCUUAAAUUGACCCUACGCGGAGGAAUGGAAUAACUUACAGUUAGGUACAGCAAUGUUUAUAAAACUUUACUAGAGGGCUCACAAUAUUAUUGGCAAGCUAAAACCAUUACAAUGAAAGUAUUUACCCGUUGAAAAGCACCAUAUUGAACGGUGAAUAUUAUUGUUACUAUCAAAUGUAUACCUUAUAUUAGGUUAAUAUUCAAAUUCCCUAUCAAUGACCGUUGUAUGUGUAAAGUUUUCGGCUCUUAUUAAAUUGUUGAUGAUAAACAAACUUAAGUAAUACUUUGUUAGUUAAAUACUUCUAAGUUAUACUACUAGAACGUCAUUGAAAAAUUGUGUACUAUGUUAAAAAUUAAAAUCAAUUCAAAUUAAUUUUAAAAACCUCAAAUGCGUGGAAAUUUUUUUCGAUGUCGGUGUUUCGUACAACGUAUGAUUUUGAUACCUUCUGAAUUAAAUCAUUGCCUUCUGAGUAAGACUGAUUAGAAGUUUUCUAGUCACUAACUAAGGUAUAACUAGCAGACGCCCCGUUUCACACGCGUAGUUUGUUUCCGUGGAAAUACGGGGUUAUAAUAUAGCCUAUGACACUGACAAAAAAUUAGGCUUUCUAUUGGUAAAACAAUGUUCAAAUUGGUUCAGUAGGUCCAGAGAUUAUCCCCUACAACCUCACAAAGUUUAGCUCUUAUAGAUUAGUCUUAUAUUUUAUUUAACACAUUUAAUUGUUCAGAAUAAUAUAUUUUUAUCGUUUAGUUUGUCAUUGAAUUGUCUGUUUCUGCUUCGGUCAUUAGCAUUUGAUAAUGGUCGUUUGAACUGUCACGUUGUCGUGAAUUCAGAAUAUGAGGUCCAAGGUUCGAGUCCCUGAUGAGACAAUGAAAUAUUGAGGUUUAUUUCAUUCUUCCAAGAAAAUUUUAGUAAAAAUAUCAUCCCUGAGUUGGGAAGUUGCCUGUAGUUUGUGGCUGCACCUCUGUGCCUCGAAGAUCUCCUUAAAUCGGUGAUACCGGUCAUUAUAAUUAACAUGAUCAUUAAAAAUUCGCACAUCACCCUUAACCCACCAACACGGAUUGCAGCAGCGUGGUGGGUCUAAGAUUUAAAUCUCCCUCCCUUGAAAAAAACAGAACAGUAGAAACAUGCUUUUGAUAAUGAUUGUAAACAACUUAUUUGGAAUGGAAUAGUUGAUUUCCCACCUACUUCUGAAUCGAAGCCUGUUUCAAACUGUCACAUGGUUUUACUUCUAAAAGUAGGACGUUUUACCGGUCUAGUAGUAUUUAAAAGGCUUAGGUUAGAAGUAUGAAUUUCCGUGGUUUGUUUUUCACAAUGAAAUGUUACUUAAUGUUUAUAAAAUCUAUUAUAGCUAAUAUAAAUGUUAUGUAUAGAUCUGAAUCUGUUUGUUGUAAACUUGACUAUUAUUAUUUCAUUUAUCUAUAUUACUACCGUAGUUGUUACAAAAAUAAAUAUUUAUUAUAAUUUUCGGUGUUACUAAAGAUUUGAUAAUGGUCAUAUUGAAAAGUUAUUAUUAUACUUAAAUUUAAUAAAAUAAUAUUUAUUUUAUUUCAUUAAAAUUUGUAAUACAAUAAAAUAAAAUUGUGUCUUGCCAGUGUUGCACUGUAGAUAAUAUUUUUCCACUUACCAUCACCAUCCAUCUGUUUGGUCUGUCAGAGAUGAACAUGACUACUAAAAUCCCACAGUAAUCUCUACCUGCAACAGGGGCCGCAACGAAUUGAUUAGAUAAUUUAUAGCCGGGAUAAUAUCCUUAUCCGUUUUAAUUUAUAAAACAAAUUAGUAGUCACUGUCACUAACAAUUCAUCUCAUUCUAUAAUUUUACUCGAUAAAUAAAAUACAGAAUAUUUUGUUAUUCAAUGUUCUAAUCAUGUAAUAAUCUAAUGCCUUUAAAAUAAUGAAAAAAUCUGUAAAAUAAUUUUACUGGAUCGUUAAAAUAUAGAGCAUUUUAGUUACUCAAUGACCUAAUCCAAUGCUGUAUACAGAUCUGUCAAAUAAUUUUACUCGAUCGAUAAAAUAUAGAGAGGUUUGUUUAUUUUUCAGCAAUGGUUUAAUUAUUUAAUUAAUCCAAUGCUGUAAAAAAUCUGUAAAAUAAUUUUACUCGAUCGAUAAAAUAUACAGCAUUAAAUGGUCUCAAUGAUCUAAUAACUUCAACGUUGUCAAAAACCUGUUAAAUAAAAUAAAAUGUCAAGUUUGAAUUUGAUUCGUCCUUUUUUAUAAGUCCAAUUAAAAAUAAUUAUAACCUGUACUCACCUGCCAAUUUAAUAAAUAGAUUUGGAAAAAAAUACUUAUCUGGUGUAUAAAUAAGGUUAAUUUGCUUCUUGUUUUAAUUUAUAAACUUAAAUGUUUUUUUUUUGUGUAAUGAUUUAUUUAAUAAAAUUUAAAUUUUAUUUAAUUGCGGAUCGAAAGAUACAUAGAUCGUAAUAUCUGGUAAACUUAUAUGUCAAGCGUGGUACUAUUUACUUAGUUUUUUUUUUAAUAAUUAGUUGUUUAUCAAGAGAGUGCGUUAUGGGAUAAGUGAAUAUUAUUAAGAAGUAAAAUAGUAUUUAAUGAACGUAACCGCUAGAACCUUGACUGAUUUUCGCAUAGCGUGGAGUACGAUUGCUAAGAGAGAUAAAAAACUAUUUUGUUAGCGAGUACCUAUUAUUGUUUGCGUUUACUGUAAAAAUAAUGUUAUAUUGUAUUAUUUAUCUUAUGGGAACCUUAUGGUUUUAAAGUUAUUUCGUGUACACAAUAAUAUAUUCAUUACGGGUACUAUUCUACCUACUGUUCUAUCUAUUGUUAGAAUUGAACCCAUGGUUUCACCUUUCUUGGAAAUGUUGGGCUUGUUACCUACCGAUAUAGGGCGUGUGACGUCAUUGGCAUUUUAAUUGCUAUGCGGGCUACAUACCUGCAGUUUUAACUGUACAGUCGAACUGUUAAAUUAAAUAGUCCAGCCAAAAACUGAAAAACUGAAAAGUGCGCAGUUGAAUUCAAUACAAAUCAAAUCAAAAUUCAUUUAUUUCAAUUAGGCUCAGUUUACAAGCACUUUUAAAACGUCUAGUUAUGUCAUAAUUUAAUUAAAUUUAAUGGUUGUAAUUAUAGUCGAAAACUUAAUAUAAAAUUACGAAGGUUCUAAAGUCGCCUUGAAAAUCUAAUCGAAAUAUUAUUAGAUGAAACUGUACACUUAAAAUUGCAAGUCUGUAGCCCGUAUGUGUGAUAAACUUGAAGUUAACCGAUUAAAUGUAACUAAUGUGUAUUUGCCUUACUUUCGGAAGAUUGUUUCUCUUUGGUUGGCAGCAGUAAAGUAGACGGCACAAACGAGUUUAUUGUGUUUAAACAAAACGAACGUCAGCAUAACAGAAACACAUUCUCGAAUAUAUAGAGUAACACGAAGGAGCCGUGUGAUCAUUAUCAAAACCGGUUUAUCAAAAAUAGUUGUACAGCAACUAUUCAGAGACAGAUUAUAAUGUAUAAAUAAAUAUGAUUCUGCUUUGUUGACCCUGUAUCACUUACAUGCUAUAACGGUUUUUGAGCCACCACUAAAGCGAAUCCGUCUACCGAACAUUUUAAAUAAUGCUUAAUGCAAUUGUGAAAUCUCUAUUAAAAUUAUAUUUGUGAGAUAUAGUAAAUUGUAUGCGCGGUGUAUUUGAUCCAGGUCUGGCUGGUGGGAGGUUUCGACCGUGGCUAGUUACCUCCCUAGCGGCAAAGACGUACCGCCAAGCGAUUUACCGUUCCGGUGAUGCCAUGUAGAAACCGAAAGGGGUGUGGAUUUUCAUCGUCCUCCUUCCCGCCGUUAGCCCGCUUUCAUCUUAGACUGCAUCAUAACUUACCAUCAGGUGAGAUUGUAGUCAAGGGCUAACUUGUAAAGAAUAAAAAAAAAAUAAAAAAUUUAGCUUUCCGGUGAUGCCAUGUAGAAACCUAACAAGUUGGCCCGCUUUCAUCUUAGAUUGCAUCAUCACUUACCAUCACGUGACAGUGUGGUCAAGGGCUAACUUGUAAAGAAUAAAAAAAUCAUUAUGCCAUUGCUAAGACAAUCCUUCCUGCUCUCAAAGAAAGAAGAAAUUUAAAGCAUAGAUCUUUCUUCUUCCUUCUAGAAUAGGCCAAUUGUAUGGAUCUAAGUUUUAUUCCUGUAUGAGCUUUGUAUAAUUCCAGAUCACAUUUUACCAUAUGGUAAAAAUAAUAGGUAGUGUACCAACCCUACCUGGUAUUAAUUUACAUCUCAGAUAAGAAAAUAAUGUAAUGUCAUGGGUCUCCAAUUCAAUCUAAUGUAAAAUAAUUGUUAUUUGAAUGUAAACUUUAUUUACAUAUUGAUAAAGUUCAAAAUAUGGAAAUUGGCAUCCCAUAUAAUAAAAUGCUUUGCUAAUGUGAUUAAAAAAAUAACAAGAUGUAGCACACAAAGUCUCGUGGAAACGCAAAUAAAAGAAAGAUUUAGUUAUGUGUGUUAUAGUCAAUCUGUUCUAGGAAGUCUGUCUAGGUGAGUGAGUGAGGUGAGUAGACACAAGAUGACAUAAUAAACGCGUUUGUGUGUAUAAACUGAAGGUUCCUUUCGUUAACCCUCCAAGUGCCUUGACACUGGACUUGUUUAGUCUGUGCAAUGUGCAUGUCUCGCUUGCUCGACGCGGCACUCAGGCGGGUUGGUUAACAGAAAUUAUUAGUGGCCCGCCCGCAGUUGACAGACUAAAGCUCAAAACUUACUAUUACGCCACAGACAUGCAUCCCCGCCGUCCAACCGGCCAUGUCGCGCUUAGGCCUAGCUCAGACAGACUACUUUAGUAUUUUAGUGUUUUAAGAUUUACGAAGCGAACAAUUUUUGGAUUUACCGCAUAAAAAUCGUUCGUACUCGACUAAAAUACUAAAGUCUGUACGGCCUUUUACGGCUGUUCGACCGGUCCUUUAUGUAAAUGAUCUAAGAGCUGGUGGAUAUUUUUCGUGUAUGUAUUUGAGUUAAUAACUUGUCCAUUACUAUGCUACUCCACAGAACUGGAAACCUGGAUGGGGAGUAGUAGAUUUUUUUUUAAUUGUCCUGCAGUCAUUCCGAUUUCCUUCAGUCGUAGUUCAGUAUGACCACCAACACGUCAAAUGUCUACUGUCAAACGCUUGACAAUGUUACAGACAAGCGUUUGACUGUAGGCAGUACCACACAUCCAAAGUUAAACAGACUUCUAAAAGUAGACAAACUAUACAGUAUUUUGUCGAUUUAUUGUUAUUAAUGUAAGUAUGUACUACCUCUGAAAGGCAUAUAUAAUAGUCGUAAGUAGAUAUUUUAAUGAAAAUAAAUGAAGUUUAUUUAAAAAUAUAAAAUGUUAAAAAGUUAAAUUGUUUAUGUUAAUUAUUAUACCUUACAUUGAAUUUCCAUUAAUUCUUUAUAAUAUUUAAUAGGUAAUGUUAAUUUACAGUAAUUUACAUGUUUUUGUUUUAAAUUACAAAAAAUGUUGUAGACUAAAAACUUAUAUUGUACUCGUAAGGAGCUAAUUUCUCUAAUCUCUUCGUAUUUGAAAUGUAUUUUACUUAUUUUUUGUUGUUGUUCAUGUAAAUAUUUUUACUUAUAACUGCAUUUACAGUAAUUUACUAAUUUACAAUUGUAAAAAUCAAUUACUGUGAUUUAAAAAAAAUAAUUAAAAAAGUAAGAGUAGAUGUUAUUUAUAUUUACUGAGCUUAAUUCUUUAAAAUUUGAUGAUUUGAAAUGUCUUCUACCAAUUUUGUAUGUAUUUCUUUUUAUUUGGUUUUCUUCAGCUUUACUGAAAUAAAGUAUUUUUUUACCUUAUGAAAAAAAAUAUUAAGGUUACGUAAUGCCAUAUUUUUAUAGAUAUUCACAUUUGACGGUCUGUGAUGCGAUUAUUUGUUUAGUGCUAUAUGAGACACAUAAAUUACGAUUUUUGAAAAUG